AUGAUGGCCGGUGAUGAGCGAAAGCUAGCCACAUCGGCGUUGAUACCAUUGGAGGUCGAUCCUGCGAGCAUAUUAAGUUUAUCGAAAGGCGUCAUAUUUGAUACCAUUGUUCAUAAUGUUGAAUAUACAUUUAAUAAUCGAUGUACAGAUUCUUUACCAUGGAAACUUAUCGGAAUGUCUCUCAUUUGUGAUGCAAAUCGAAAUAAAAAAUAUUUACAAAAACUUCAAAAAAUGCAGUGUGUUCCCUCAGUUAUUUCUACACAAAUAUAUCAUUCAAAACUGAUAAAAACUGUGUCCGGUAAAUUGACAACACCAGGACGAAAAAUUGUUAUCCCAACAAAUCCAAAAAAACGUUUAACAGGCAUUAUUGUCUGUCGAUCAAUCGAUGAAUUAUUAUUUUUGGAAGCUCCAACCACAAAGACUGUUCAUUUUAUACAAUACAAAUUAUUGUCCUAUGAACGUAUUGCAACACGUGAACUUGUCAAUGGACCAAAAUUAUCAUCAGUCGGCGACAAAAUUAUCAAAACAGUAUUCGACUUUGAACUAACUCAAAAUAAUGGUUUUCCACGACAAUUAUUACCGUUUGCAAUAGUAUCUUUCGCAAAGCAAGAUGGCUGUGAUCUAUGUUUAUCAAUUCGAAAUUUUCUCAAAUUAGACGAACAUAAAACAUUUGAUAAAACAUAUCUUGUAACAACUACGAAUUCUGAAUUAACACGUCUACGUGAAGAACAAGAAAGAAAAGAAGAUGCUGAAGCUGAACAAGAAACACCUUGGGAGAAAAUUCAAAGACGACAGCCGCUUGCUGAUCUAUCAAAAAAGACUACGGAUACUGGCAAUGCUCGACCAUCAUCUAUACCACAACCAAGUUUACGUGUGCCUCCGUUAAAAAUCAAACUUUCUGGUCAAGAAAAAUCAUCAAAACAAACUGUUUCUGCUACUCCAGCUAUUUCUCUUCCAUCGCUUGAAUCGAAAUUUCGAUGUUUACUUAAAUUGGAUAGAGUUGAUUUAUUUUCAUAUGAAAUAAGUAAUCUAGCUAAUAUGCCACAAGCAAAAAAUCAAAAACCAAACGAGUCUUCCACAUCGUCAAAUUUAGUGACUAAUAAAACAAAACCGGUUAAUAUUAGUAAACCACAUGAACAUCAUAAACCACUGAAACGUUUAAAUAAUUCAAUACCAAAAAAACAAAUAUCUCAUUCGUCAGAACUUGCCAAAGAAAAACCUGAUAAUAAACCGAACUUCAUACGAGUACCGCCAAAUAGUUCCAUUGCAUCGUUGAAUAAAGAUAAAAUCGAUAUAGGAUCAUCCUCGAAUUCGUCAACAUCUAGUGAAAAACCAGCAGUUCAAAAAACUAUCGUCAAAAAGAAGGUGAAACGACCGAUUUUACCUCCUGAGUACAAAUGUCAACUCUCAUUACCACAAAUUGAUCUAUCGAUAUACAAUAUUGAUUUACCACCCAUUUCCAUUUCUCAUAAUCCUUUGUCUAUGGACACAGAAUCGACAUCGACAACAUCACCAUCUACUUCGACAUCGUCCGAGCCAUCAGCCGACAACAUGGAUUUACCAGUCGAACAAGAAAGUCGCCCGGAUACCAUACAGCCCAUGUUUACAUUAGAAAAAGAAAAUAUUUAUGAGCGUGAUCAAAAAAUGAUUGCUGCCGUUCAACAUCUUGAUUUUGGUAUACAUGGAACUUUGACAAUGAAUAAUAAUUUGAUUCUAUCUUCGCCAAUUAAUGACACAGUAUCGAAAACGAAUGAUGAAUAUGUACUACCUAUAUUUGAAGAUGUUUCACCUGUACCUUCGCACGAAGAUGCGUCACAAACUACUAAUGAAGCUUUACCACAAGCAACGAAUGAAAUGAUGUCACAUACAAAUACUGAACAUUUACCAUCUGCGUAUGAAGCAAUAUCGCCAGCAAUUUCACAUGAAGAUCAGCCGCAAGCUAUCAAUGUAGUGUCAUCGAAAGCUAGUGGUGAUAAUCUUGUAUCUGUUACGAAUAAAGUCAAACAAGCCAUUCAAAAUGAAGGAAAUAUGGAAACGAUUGCACCUAAUCAAAGUGCUACACCAUCUCCAGCAUUACCGCAACUGAAUGAUGAUUCCGUCGUUUUCUCUCUCGAUAAUUUUCGAACUCCUAGAAACGAUAUGAUGGAUACAAUUCCACAAGAUUAUAUUAUUAUUGUACCAUGUUCAGAUGAUGACGAUGAUUUCGACGAUGAUGAAAUAGACAGUGAUACAGCAAAGCUCAUUAGAAAUGAUGCAUACAAUAAAAUUAUCGAAUCUUCUCCUUCUUCUGCUAAAACAUUUGCAUCUCCUAUUUUAUCCAAUCCAUCAUUUACACGAAUUCUGGCGGAUACUUGUUCUUUGGAUUCUCAUCGUUUAUCAACAUCAUCAUGCUCAUCAUUAUCGGCAUCUAUUCUUCAUAAUCAAAGUCCUCGAUCGGUACUUAAUUUAACUGAAGUUUCGAUACCACAAAAAAUUUUAAACAAACAACAGAAAUCAGCGCAAGCAGUAAAUUUUAAUCGAUAUAAUAUAAAUAUACCAUUAUUUGCUAAUGAGCCUUUGAUUGAUCCUCGUUUAAUAUAUCGUUUACAAGCCAUCACAACAGAUCUUCGUUGGCCAAGUGCAUGCACCCAAUGUUCAACAUCAUCAGAAUCUCCAACAUCAUUUCAUUCUUCAACUCAAUUGAUAUCAUACGAUCAAAGAUAUUCAUCGGAUUUUGUUGAUCCACGUCGUGAAUCAUUAAAACAAGCUAUAUUAAAUGUUAUAUAUAUUCGCUUGAAAAUUCUAAUGCCACAUCUAUUGAUACAUAAUUCAGAUCAAGUUGAAAAUCUUCUAUUUGAACAAACUGCAUUUAAAACAAACUGCUCAAUACAUCUUGAAUAUCUUUUAAAUAGAAUAAAAGGCAUGGAUGAAAUUAAUUUUAUUCAAAUGAUUAAAAGUCAAGAAGCAUUUCAAUUAUCAUCUUCUCUCUUACAACUUAUUUUUAUUUAA